GUGGACAGCUCGGUCAGUGUUAGGUGCACUUCAGUUUUUAUCGUCGCGCUGUAAAGAAAACAUUUCAUCUGUCUUAGCGCGUUUCAUGUUUUAUUCAUUAGUUUAAUAAAAACACAAGAGGUCCGGACUGCAACAAGGCACAGAUGGCUCAGUAUCGCAGACUCUCAGACGGCAGUGCUGACAGCAGUAUCUCAGAUCCCAGCAUAAACGUUUCUCCUGGUGUGAUCAAGGUGCUAAAAGAACACGGAUACACCAUGAAGGAAGAACUUGGACGAGGAGCUUCAGGAAUAGCGUUUCUGGUGAAAGACACAGACGGAGAUCCUUAUGUGAUCAAACAGAUGAACUCCAGAGAUGGGGAUGAGCUGGAUACUGUCAGAAAGGAAGUCGAGAUCCUGAAAACUCUGAACUUUGGAUAUAUUGUCACUUAUGUGAAUUCAUUUGAAGAUAAAGAAGCGGGACGCAUAUAUAUUGUGAUGGAGUAUUGUGAAGGAGGUGACCUUUCAAAAAUCAUGGAAACACAGAAAGAAGAACGUUUUUUUGAAGAAAAACAGAUCCUCGACUGGCUGGUUCAGAUUUGUCUGGCUCUGAAGUAUCUCCAUGAGAAGAAAAUUAUUCAUAGAGAUAUUAAGCCUCAGAACGUCUUUCUGACUGAAGAUGGUUACGUCAAUCUAGGAGAUUUUGGAUGCUCAACAGCAUUGGAAAGAGCUGAUGAAUAUGCUAGUUCAGUUGUGGGUGCAAAGCUCUACGUCAGCCCAGAAGUUUAUCAGAGGAAAUAUAACUCCAAGAGUGACAUAUGGUCAUUGGGAUGGUUGCUCCAUGAUCUCUGCAUGCUUGAUGUGUGGGCCGAUAACAUGCAGCGCCACAUACUUCAUGCUGUCAGUAUGACAGGAAACCCCCCUCCCAUCUCAGAGAGAUACUCAGAGGAACUUCGGGAAUUAAUCAGUCAAAUGCUCAGUCGUGACCCUAAAGACAGACCUUCAGCUGAAGAGAUUCUAGCUAAACCGUUCCUGACAGAUGCAGUAGACAGAAACAGCAGAACUCCAGAGGCACUGCUACAGAGUUUUGUGAAGUCUAUCACCGCCUUUGAUGAGGCCUACAACAAGCACUAUAAAGACAUUGAGGUUUUAGUUAGUGAGUGGGGAAGAAUAACAGAUUCGAUGGAGUCUGCACAUUACAGCGCCACAGCGGGGAGUCUGUCAGGUUCGGUGAUCGGAGCAGCUGGAGGAAUCACUGCAUUAGCUGGUUUAAUUUUGUCACCGUUCACUCUUGGGGCGUCUCUGAUUGUUACUGGUGUUGGUGUUGGAGUAGGAGUUGCAGGUGGAGUAACAGGUGCUGCAUCCACCAUUACUAACACUGUACAACAAAAAUCAUUCAGAGAGAGCCUUGAACAAAUUCAGCAGAAGUAUGAAUCUGCAAGCGAACCAAUUCUCACACCACUGAAUACACUGAGAAAGGUUCUGAGAAAAAUCACAAAGUUCAGUGUUUUUUUCGGCACCUCAGCUUUUGACAAAGUGCAAAUAUCAUGCAAUGUAGGCAGAAGAAAUGUUUUGUGUGCAACACAACUCAUGAAUUUGGGUCUGUUGGCAAAUGUUAGCAGAAUUGCUACUCAGACUGCAAGAGUAGGGCGAGUUGUAGCAGAAGCAGUCUCAGGAGUGUUAAGUGGACUGUUAGUCAUACUUGAUGUCGCCUUCAUAGUGAUAAAUUCUGUAGACAUUCACCAGAUGAGACAGGGAAAAGUAGAUGAUCCAGAAAAGGUCCAAUCCAGUGUGCUUAAAUCCAUUGCAGAGAUGAGGAGAACACAUAAUGAGCUUUGCAAUGUCCAGAAGGAAAUACAAACAACAAGAGAGGAACUAAAAGACUAUAUAGAAUUGGCCAGGGGUGACAGAGAAAUAGACAAUGAUUUAAAUAGUUUAAACAUAUAGAUAUGUUGACCAUCAGGGUCACCUUGAUUUU